CCGGGUGUGGGAAGCGUGGCGGCCCCGCCUCGUCUCCUGGACCAGCCGUGGCCGCCAGAGCCGCCGCAGGGACCGGCGGACGCAGCGAAGGCGUGCGGUGAGGGCCCGAAGUUCCCUCAGAAAAACCACACAUCUUCCCAGCCUACCAUGGCAGACGAAAUUGACUUCACUACUGGAGAUGCAGGGGCUUCCAGCACUUACCCUAUGCAGUGCUCAGCCCUGCGGAAAAACGGCUUCGUGGUGCUCAAAGGACGACCAUGCAAAAUCGUGGAGAUGUCAACUUCCAAGACUGGGAAGCAUGGUCAUGCCAAGGUACACCUUGUUGGAAUUGAUAUUUUCACUGGCAAAAAAUAUGAAGAUAUUUGUCCUUCCACUCACAAUAUGGAUGUUCCAAAUAUUAAGAGAAAUGAUUAUCAACUCAUAUGCAUUCAGGAUGGUUACCUUUCCCUGCUAACAGAAACUGGUGAAGUCCGUGAGGAUCUUAAGCUGCCAGAAGGUGAAUUGGGCAAAGAAAUAGAAGGAAAAUACAAUGCAGGUGAAGAUGUGCAGGUAUCUGUCAUGUGUGCCAUGAGUGAAGAAUAUGCUGUGGCCAUAAAGCCCUGCAAAUAGACAGGAUCUUCCACACAAGCGGGGCCGUUAGGUCUGGAUCUAGUUGUCCCAAAGCUAUAGCCUUCAUAAGCAACCUCAUGUUUUAUUUUUGUUAUGUUUCUAUCAUUUUGAAAUUGUGCUGGCUUAGUUUUGCAGGCAGUUAGUAACUUUAAAAGAAUAUAUCAAGGUGUAUAAUUUUAUGAAGUGUCUUUCCUAUAACAUUCCUCUGGUUUCUAGUGUGUGACCAUAAGAAACAGAUACAGUAGCUUCAGUACAUGUCACUCGUCUGACAAAUCACUCCUGGAGUUAAGUGGUUGCCAAACCAGGGUUUUAAAUCAACAAUGUAGCACCUAGUGGAAUGGAAAUUUUAUGCAUUUAAGUUGAAUUGUUCUUUGCUGAUUUCAGACUUCAUAUCUAGAAUUUACAGAUUAUAAAAUGGAAUUGUCAAAGCUCCAGCCCUGUGUGGCUGACACACUUCCUGAAACUAAACUCAUCAAAAAAAUGGUGUUCUCUUGGUGGCCAGGUGUCCCAUGUAGUGCCUGCAUCAUGGCCUCCUUUCCAGACUGGUGACAGACCUAUGCCAUAGUUUAGUCUGUUGUGGUAAUAGGAACUAGAACUGCCGAGAGAAUCUGAGCAAGUCAAACAGUGCUGAAGAAGACCCGGGACAGCGGCCAAGAAGGGGGCGAGACUGUGGGUUUUAUUUAAGACCUCUGUGAUCAGCAUAUGAGAUAGAGUGAACUCUAGUUGUAUUUUUGCUUUUGGCUAUGUCCCCAGCCUGUGCCCUAGAAGGACUGGCCCUAGAGGGACUCUGCACGACCUCCAGCCAUUAUUUGUGAGUGUUCAUAAUGUUGGUAAGCCAGCUCUUCCCACGAUUUUUAAAGUAGAUUUAUUUUUGACAUUAGUCUAAAAUUAGGAAUUAAGUUGUUUUUGAAUUCUUGGCUUGUAAAUGUAUGUACACUUUUCUAAAGUGGAAUAGAGGUAAACCAUGGAAGAAUUAUUUUAAGUGUCUGUGUAUGUGUAUAUAUAUAUAUAUGUAUAUAUGAAUAUAUAUAUAUUGUUCUCUUAUGAUUUCUGUUACAGAUAUAAAAUCUAACUAGGAAAAGAUUCUGUGAACUGGAUUCUAUUAAUAUGUUGUAUGCGUGCCCUUCCAUUUCUGUCUAGACUUUUGGAUUGUGUGCAGAUUAUGUCCGGAAUCAUAGACAUAGUUCUGUGUUUUUGAAGAAUUCUGACACAAUCACAGUCAUCGCAUUGAAGUACAGCCUGGAACAGACUCCUGUAACGCCCUGGCUAUCGGGUCCCUUUCACCUUGCCUAGCCCCCAGAGUGCUGUGCUCCCGUCUAGAGCAGAGAGGUGCGACGGUGCAGCUGACCCAGUCAGCAGUUUAAAUUGCCCUGGAAAUGCGAGAGUCCACGAUUUUAGUUGCUUAAUUUGUAUGCAGUUUUAAAUUGUGUCUUGACCUCCACAAACCAAUCCAGAGAAGAAAGAUACUAUAAGAGAAGUGCCGGGAAGAGACUUGCAAAGCACAAGAAAUAUUGAAGUUGUAGCCAGUGGACUUUAGUGUGACCUUUUAGCGUUUGUCCAUGCAAAGCACAAUUAGCAAUUCGACUGGAUUCUUCUACAAGUAUCUCCUUUAGAUUUCUGGUGUUCUCAUGUGUACCACAGGAAUUCCAAAAACUAUCUCUGCUGUUUCCUGGUCAUCAUCUAGCCAAUUAAUAACCACAUUGGUGUUUUGAUUUCAUAUUACUUCAGGACUAGCAUGCCCUUGUUCUUUGUAACUUGUCAAACCUCACAGGAGUCUCUGUUUUCCUUUGCAGUGGAAGGGUGAGGAGCAAUAUAUCUCUAACUCCAUACCUUGAAUGGCAAAAGCUACUUAAGCCUAAGUAUUUCCUGCUCUCUCUCUCGCUCUCUCUCUCUCUCUCUCUCUCUCUCUCUCUCUCUCUCUCACUCUUGCAUUUUGUGAGUUUUGCUUUAUUUUCUCAGUGCCCACGUGAAAUACAGCAAACAUUUUACAGAGCCGUGUGUAAUUUACCCCUGUUAGAAAUACAAUUCAUUAUCUCUGGAUAUAGACCAGUAUUUCUGGUUAAAGACCAUACCAUUUGGAGUUAUGUUGGUUUUUUUAAUUUUUAAAGGCACAUCACAUCAAGUUCUGCCACCAGCACCCACCUUCUGUAUUACAAUAGUUUGGCCUAAUCACCUAUUGUGGAUUGUUAAUUCUCACUUCCUUCAGAAACUUCUUUUUUCCUAUAAUUUCCUUUUUGUCCAUCACUAUAAAUUUCGUUUUGCAUGUUGGAGACCUCAAGACUUAACAUAAAUUCCUAAUUGUGUUGUAAAUUAGGGCAUUCUUUAUUAAGUUCAUUUGUACCAAACUUUGGCUGCUACAAAAAUGACUUAAGAGAUCCUGACAGCAAGCAGGGGUUAAACCGCAGUUUUCCAAUCCUAGCCUCUGAAUGUGGCAGUUUGAAUUUUGUAAAGCAUCACACAGAUUAUGCAGGCCAGCGUCCUUUAAGUUGUUGUUCUCAGGUCUAGGCUCCACAGGUGUGGGUUGUUUGCGAGAACAGAAGCCAGAUCCAGAUAACUCUCACUCGUGAGAGCACAGCCCAUCGACUCCAGCUCUUGAAGAGUGCUGGGCGGCUGCUGAAGGACGUGACACAGAAACUUUAUCCCACUGGACUCGGACAGAGCAGUGGAGAGCAGCUCACUACACAAGGCUCUGGAGAGUACUCCAUGGCUGUUUCAGGGCAUCGCUGAGAAGUUCUGUCCCUCAAAGACUGAUGAUGGAACAGACUACAGAGCUGUAAUAAAGGAAAAGUUUGUAUUAUAUGGGAUAAGAACUCUUUGCUUGGAGAAUCUGCAACUUCAUAUCAGGGAAUUACUCAGAAAGACCAAAAGCUGUUGGAGAGUAUGUUUGAUAAGGAUAUCAACACUUUCAAGAUGUGACAAACAGUCAUCCUUUAUGGAGAUGCUGGAGUUGGGAAGACAACAUUGUUGAGAAGGAAAUGUUAGAAUUGGCAGGUGGGAAUCUCUUCAAGAAGUUUGCCUAUGUUUUUUAUCUCAGUGGGAGAGAAAUUAGUCAAGCAAAGGAGAAAAGCUUUACAAGUUAAUAUCCAAGAACUGAAGUCCCCAUUGGACAGAUCCUGUCCGAGUGCAGAAAUCUCCUUUUCGUGAUGGAUGGUUUUGAUGAGCUGAACUUCUCAUUUGAAGAGCCAGCAUUUGCACUAUGUAAUGACUGGACCCAGGAGCACCCAGUGCCCUUUCUUCUUAGCAGUUUGCCGAGGAAAGUGAUGCUUCCUGAGUCAUUCUCGUUAGUAACAGCAAGAUCCACAGCAUGGAAGAGCCUGGUGCCCUUGUUACAUAAAGCUCACUGUGUAAAGCUGCCAGGACUGUCUGAGAAUGCAAGGGUGGACUGCAAUAAGACAUGGGCUAUGGAUGCGAUCUAUUCAAUAAGGAAGAAUCCGCGACUUUUCCACAGGUGCCAUGUCUGCUGGGUGGUCUGUACUUGUCUGACGCAGCAAGUGGAGAAAGGUGGCGAUAUUGCAGUGACCUGCCAAACCACCACAGCUCUGUUCACAUGCUAUCUGCAGCUCAUUUUCACGGCCAGAUGGGCGCUCUGCUACUCUGCCCAAUGAGACCCUACUGAGGAGCUGUGCCAGGAAGCUGCUGACGGUGUUUGGACUAUGAAGCAUAUACUCUACAAGAAAAAUCUCAGAAAUGACAUCUCAGUCUUCACGGAUGCUAAGUAUUUCAUUUUAAAUACUAUAUGAAGUGUACAUACGCCAACAUGUAAGUAUAGAUUUUAAAGAUACAGAACUGUUUAUUUUCACAUAACUCAGUAGUGUUUCUCUUAGAGCAAAGUAUUUCAUUUAGUAAAGCUUUAUAAAUUAUAUUGAAGGGAGGCAGGUAACAUAUAUUUCUAAUAUAAAACAGAAGUCCCUUCUUUUUGACAGCAGAGAAAUGCUAACAAUUAGUUCCUAGUAUGUGCUGUAAUUUUUGUUUCUCAGGCACCAUGUAGAGAAUGGAGACUCAUUCAUGUCACCGCCUAUUUGUGUCUGUACCCUUUUCUUUCUCUGUGCUGUGUAGACAGUACUAGCAGGUUGAAUGUUUUUGUUCUAGAAGAGAGGCUUUAUUUCUACUGUGAAGAUUUUGUUACACUGGUGCAGUCAUUUGCCCUCUGACCUGUCAGAACUUUGGGCUCUAACUUGGCCUUGGAAUCCUUGAUGCCCUGGGGCGCUGCCAGUCACUUGAAGUGGUUAUCAACCAAGCUCUUGACUCUGUUCCCCUUCAUAGUACAGAUUUCUAGGCCAGUGCUUUAUAGCAGAGACCAAAAUUCUUGAGGCCAGAAGAUACAGCGAUACACAUCGAUAUUUAAAAAAUUUGGGGACACAUGCUUUCCAUUACCUCACCAGGUGACUGUGUGUACACACACAGCUUUGUUCUUUUCUCAAAGUCCUUCCAUCUACUGAAGUACUGUAGUCUGUAGUGCCUCAAAAGUUGAUUUUUUUAAGAAGUUUUCCAGAAUUUGAUUUUAUACCUUUAAAGUUUCUCAUGAAAAUUGUUUCUAUUGAGCUGGAAUUUGAACGCUUUGUUCUCAGGGCUGUUAGUGCUAAGAGAUGCAGUGUCAAUAUUUUAAAGCUACCUGCCUACAAAGAGACUGCAAGUUUCCCCAAGUCCUAUGUAGUGCAUAGGAACACAAAUUCUUGGUGUAACAUAUUUAAGCUAUAUGGUACAUAUUUAAGAAAGAUGGGGGCAUUAGUAGCAGCUGUACUGGGAUCUUCCCAGUGGUCUUGCCUUGAAACCUUGUUCUUGGGGAUGUUUCUGUUAGCAUCUUUUUGGCACGAACCCCAGAGAGGGUUUUGGAGCCAGACAUUGAUGCAGUGGUUCUCAGACCCAUUUAAGAACAGACAGGAAAUCCCUAACUCUUUUGGGUAUCUUAAAAUGUUUACAUACUGAAUUCACAUUUGCUAUGAGAAAAUAUGGAUCUCUAGUAUAAAAGCAAAACUAUCAAAGCAUAUUUCCAUAAGCAGUAUAUUGUGCUGAUAUGAACCUUCAAAUCUUCUAAUGUUUAGGUAUAAUAAAUAUUUCAUAGUUCUCAAGCCUUUUUCUGUUAGCAUUCUGAUGAGUAAUAGGCAACAAGAUUUUUUUAAAUCUAUGGUAGAAAAAUUUUAAAAUUGAAUCUGUUAACGUAAAUCUAUGAGAUGUGUUCUCUGAAUUGAAGAAACAGCAUCAUUAUUUGAUUGUAGAAGGAACAUUUGGGAGUUAGCUAUGGAGCAUAGAUGUUCUGUAGAAACACAUUUUGGAGUCACUAUGUAAUUUAAUUUGUCCAUUAACUAAAUAUCUGAACCCCAACAUAACUACCUAGUGAGGUCAAGUGCCCAAAGAGAGUUGUAAACAUUGGCUAAUUCGUCUCCUUCAUGUGGCGGGCACAACUUAGGGCAGUGCACACGAGACCAUCACCUGCUAGAAAUGUACUUAUUACCAAGCUUUCUAUCACUACUGUUUAUAUCUUAAAACAGGUCUGAACCUAUUUAUAGCAAAAAGGGAGAUUCUUUUAUUUAUAUGAAGUUCUUGGAAGCCAUUUCUUAAUAUUGGUGGAUUUGGUUCGUCUUAGUUUGAAACUGUACUUUUACAAACACUGGAUAGUAACCUAUUCAGUAGUGACUGAAGAGCCUGCUAGAAAUCAUGGCUGUGCUCAUAGGCAAUUCUUUAUCAUGGUUAGUCUAAUACAGGCAAGCACUCUUUGUUACUAUGAAGUAUACAUCAAAUUACUCAUUCUAAACCAUGAUUUAAAAAUGACCAGUUAUAUAUUAUCAUGUACUUUACCCUCUUCCCCAGAAGAAAAUAAUAUUGUCAGAUUCAUUGGCACUUUGUUAGUAAUGUACUUUUUUUGGUCUGAAAUAUAGGCUAUUUCUUGAAUUUACUUGCAAGUGUUUUGGUUAAAACUUUAAAAUUACAAGAUCUGGAUAUUAUAAUUAUGUGUUUUCCAUUUUAAAAAUGAGUAAACUUUGAAUGUUAAAUAUCCAGCUAUACUAAAAUAUGCUUUAAAAUGCAGAAUCUUAUUAAUGAUAACAUUUUGUUACCAUAAAAUUUCUGUUAACUUCAUGUUAUAUCAAAUGAAAAUAAACUUAAGCGUGCACAAUUCUUA